GGUGUCGUAUAUCUAUACUUGGCCAUCUUCUUUGUUCCAUUACCUCUAACUGUUGCGAAAUUCAAGCUCCAUUAAUCAUCACAAAAACAUAAUUUUACUAUUCUCUUCUCUAUACAAAAACCAAUCAUAAGUUCUUCCUCCUUAUGCAGUUCAAACGUUAGCUCUCCUCCUCUCUCUCCAUUCCUUUAUACAUAUAUUUGUACAUACAAGUUUGCUCUUCCCAUGAAGUGAUCAAUCUAUAUUAACAAAGAUCAAGUGCAGGUUUAAAGGAGACGAUAACUGUAAGUGGCUGAACCGAAGAUAUUGAUUUCCCUCCAGACAGUGACAUGGCAACGAAAAUGAAGGCUGAUAGUGCCCAGACGAAGCUAAGAAGGGGACCAUCUCCUUCUGAUCUAAAUAAAAGGGUCAUCAGUAAACCUUCUCCCUCAGUACGAAGAGAGAAUUCGCCUAGCUCUUCACUGGAGAGGCCAGUUCCCAACUACCUAAAGCCAACCAUAAGUUUCCGCCCUGAAACCGCAAAAACUGUGAAGAACAAUGGUCCUGAGAAAACCCCGAAGCCAUCUCUCAAUAGAAGGAGAUCCUUUGACAGGCCUCUUCCGGCAGCAGCUUCUCCAGUGCAUAAGGCUCUCUCCUUGGGCCCACGAGGGAGGUCCCUGACGAUCAAACCCUUGUCCUCUGCUUCCAAAUCCACCGAGUCUGCGAAGCCGAUGAUGGAUGCAAAGUCAAAGUCCAUGGUUAAAGCAGUUACUUCGAGGCCCACGGUAUCGAAAACUACGAAGAAAGGACCCACCGAUCCAAUCAUUAAUAGGGAAAGCGAGUCUAGCAAUUUGGUCGGACAUGCCGGAGAUCAUGAGAUUGAUGCUGUCACCAUCACCGAGGCACAAGCUGAUGAUAAAGCACCAGUUAAAGAGGCCGCUGACCGCUGUGAGAAGAUAGAGGAUCAUGUUGAUGUUUCCAUAACCCCACUAGAAUCUGAACUGACAGACUAUGAGGACACUGGAAAAUCACUUAACAGUGAAUGUCAAGAUGACGUAAUGCUUGAACAUCAUCAGCACGUGUCAGCAACUGAAAAAGGUGAAGAAUUGCCUGGGGAAGAUGUUCUCGAAGAAAAGAUCAAUGAGGCCAAACAUCACGAGCAAGGAGAUGACAAUCACCAAGAAGUGGAAAGCAGUAGCGACGUGGGGGUUACUGAGACCGAGGUACAUAAGAAACCAGAAGAGCCUGAACAGAAGGAAGUUCUGAUGGUAGAAAGCUUCCAGGGUAUCAAGGGUGAUGGCGAAUCCAUGGACAUUGAGGCCGUCACGAAGGAGGACAAAGAAAAGAGCGAAGCAAAUGAAGGGCAGGAGGUGCACCACGAGGAAGGCGUCACCACGAGGCAAAUCGCUGUGAAGCUUGAGGAAGGAGCAAAUGCCAUGCCAUUAAAGAACCAGAAGAGUAUGGGGAAGAAAGACUCACCUGUGUCCAAUGAUGUGAUCGAGGAGACUGCGAGUAAGCUCCUGGAGAAGAGGAAGAACAAGGUGAGAGCAUUGGUCGGGGCUUUCGAGACCGUCAUUUCCUUGCAAGAACCCGAAGCCUGAAAAAUUUGUCAUGAAAAACGGCUGACUUAUAGUAGAUUUGAAAACUUACAACUACUGCAAGUUUGUACAAUGUUAGGCUUUGUCUUGUAGGGUGAAUACGCUGGGCCUAUGCGAUCUACUCGAAGCCACUGAACGGCGCAGUUUCUAGGUUCAGUUUGAAUCGGAGACUUUGCACAGUUUGUAGGUUGGAGCUAUAUUGUUCUCUGAGUUAUAUACCCCAUGUACAAUUUCUUCUGAGUUUAUUUGUUGCUUUUACACAAGGAGAAAAAGAAAAUGGAAAACCAAACCUAAUUAAGAUUAGUUUAUACCGGCGAUAAGCGGGUUGGGUUUACUUUUCAUCAUCGUUCUUUUAUUCAUGUAAUUUGCAGUUACAUAUAUUAGUAAAUAAAU